UCAACUUCAGCUGAAUUCUUCCCACAGAUGACACAUGAAGAGAUAAAUGCAGGAGGCAAUGUUUCAAUGGUGAGGAACUUUGUCCUGCUAGGAUUUUCUGACCUUUCAAACCUCCAGGGGUUUCUGUUUGGCUUGUUCGGUAUCAUUUACUUGGUUGUGGUUAUUGGAAAUGGCCUCAUAAUCAUAAUAACAAUCCUGGAUCCUGCACUACAGAGACCCAUGUAUUUUUUCCUGGCAAAUUUUUCUUCUUUGGAAAUCUGUUAUGUUUCAGUAACUCUUCCUAGGAUUCUCUUCAGUCUUUGGACACAGAAUAGAAAUAUUUCUGUGUUGGGCUGUGCCACACAACUGUGUUUCUUCCUUGUGCUGGGAUCCACUGAGUGCUUCCUGCUGGCCGUAAUGUCCUAUGACCGUUAUGUGGCCAUCUGUUACCCUCUGCGCUAUCCUCUGCUCAUGAACCCAAAGAAGUGUGCUCAGCUUGCAGCCUGCUCUUGGCUGGGUGGAAUCCCAGUCCAGAUAGGGCAAACAUGCCAGAUAUUCUCUCUGCAUUUCUGUAACUCCAACCAAAUCCCCCACUUCUUCUGUGACAUACCCCCCAUUCUGAAGCUGGCCUGUGGGGACACUUCUGCUCAUGAGAUGUCUGUCUAUGUGGUAGUAAUGUUGUUUGUGGCUGUCCCUUUCAUAUUGAUCCUUGCCUCUUAUAGCAAAAUCAUUUCCACAGUUCUGAGGUUGCCAACAACCCAAGGACAGACCAAGGCCUUCUCCACAUGCUCCUCCCACCUGCUGGUUGUGGUGCUAUUUUUUGGAUCUGGUACCAUCACUUACCUAAGGCCAAUGUCCAGCCAUUCUUCAGGAACUGACAAACUGCUGUCCCUCUUCUAUACUAUUGUUACUCCCAUGUUCAACCCUUUGAUAUACAGCCUCAGGAACAAGGAUGUCAUUGUGGCACUGAGAACAUUAUUACUAAAAAUAUAA